GUCAGUUUUAUUGACUUGCGUGCUUAGAAGUGAAAUGUUAUCCUAUGUUGGUAGGAAUUUGCUAUAUAUUUUAUAUGUCAACUUUGUCAACCGUUCUAGUUAAUAAUUUUUGUAUUGUUUUAUCUUCAAAUUAAUUUUUUAUGAUUUUUAACAUUUAUGCAAGUAUAUAUUUUGUAGUUAUAUUUACAUAUAUGUGAAAAAAUGUCAAGUUCAAGUGCAAGUGGUGAAAAUUUGACAACCGAGUAUCAGAAUUUCGAAGGAUCUACAAUGUGUCUGGAACUAGCAUUGGAAGGGGAGAGAUUAUGCAAGUCAGGAGAUUGCAGAGCAGGAAUUGCAUUUUUUCAAGCAGCAAUUCAAGCCGGCACUGAUGAUCUUCGUACAUUGAGCGCAAUUUACAGUCAGCUUGGCAAUGCUUAUUUUUAUUUGGGAGAAUACAAUCAAGCUAUGCAAUAUCAUAAAUUAGAUCUUACACUAGCAAGAACAAUGAAUGAUAAACUUGGUGAAGCAAAAUCAUCUGGAAAUUUAGGAAAUACAUUAAAAGUUAUGGGAAGAUUCCAAGAAGCAGCAUUGUGUUGUGAAAGGCAUUUAAGCAUUGCAAGGGAACUAAAAGAUAGAGCUAGUGAAGGACGAGCUUUGUACAAUUUAGGAAAUGUAUUUCAUGCUCAAGGGAAACAUCUUGGGCAUAGAAGUCGAAAUGGAACAGAGAAUGAUUAUCAAGAUAGCAAUGAAGAUAACAUUGAAGUCAGGGCUUGCUUAGAAAAAGCUGUUCAAUACUAUCAAAAGAAUUUGAAGCUCAUGGAAGAACUUUGUGAUCAUGCAGCUCAAGGAAGGGCUUGUGGUAACCUUGGAAAUACUUUAUACUUACUUGGAGAUUUUUAUGGAGCUAUUGAGUAUCAUACCAGAAGAUUAGAAAUAGCAAAAGAAUUUGGAGAUAGACAGGCUGAGAGAAGAGCACAUAGUAAUUUAGGAAAUUCUCAUAUAUUUUUAGGGGAAUUUGAGACAGCAGCCGAUCAUUACAAACGUACUUUAUUGUUAGCUCAAGAGUUAGAUGAAAGAGCAGUGGAAGCACAAGCAUGCUAUAGUCUAGGCAAUACUUACACCCUUCUUCGAGAUUAUGAUAUGGCUAUAGGAUAUCAUCAACGUCAUCUAGCAAUAGCUCGCCAAUUAGGAGACAGGGUGGGAGAAGCUAGAGCAUCCUGGUCAUUAGGCAAUGCUCAUAGUGCCUUGGGAGCAGGACAUGAAGAAAAAGCAUUAUAUUAUGCGGGUUUACAUCUUGAUUUAAGCCGGGAGUUGAAUGAUCGGAUUGGUGAGGCUACCGCUUUGUGCAACAUUGAGGAAUUGCAUCGAGUUCUUGGAAUAAAUAGUAGUGCUUGCAACAAUGCCGAAACAGAAGUUGACCAAAACUCUGAAACAACAGAUAUAACACAUGCUAAUAGUGAUACUGAUGGACAAGCUUCCAGUGACACAGUGACUACAGCAGUCAAUGCUCCAUACCGAAAAGCUGAUGUGGAUAUAAAGUGUCAGGAACAGCAAGAGCAGCAAAGAUCUGCCAACAAUAGAGUGCAAAGAGUGAGACGACAGUCAAUGGAGCAGCUGGACUUAAUAAAGUUGACGCCUGAUGGAAAAUCAAUUCCAAACAAUCAAAGCAAUACAAGAAAUGACAUAAAAAAAUCGACCUUGGGAAGCCUCAAUUUUGCUAGUAAGUUGGGAAAGUCUCAUAAAAAGAAAGAAGAAGAAAUCGAGGAGGAAUCCUUUUUUGAUUUACUCUCAAGAUUUCAAUCUGGCAGAAUGGAAGAUCAGAGAUGUUCACUUAAUGUUGGAGAAAAUAAAGAAAAUUGUAGAACAAAUAAUAUAGCUACAAAUAAAACUAACAGCAGUGAAGAUAAGGAUCCAGGAAUAGACUUAUUGGAUAUGAUUGAAGGACUUCAAGGUAACAGAAUGGAUGAACAAAGGGUUUAUUUGCCACAUUUGCCAGGAUCCAAAACGACAAAGAAAAUUCAGCAACAGCCGGAUGAAAAAUUGCUCGAUAUGAUUAUAAAAUCACAGGCUUCUAGGUUGGAAGAGCAGCGAUCAGAUUUACCAGACACAUCUCAUUGGCAAAGUUCAAUUUCCAAAGAUGAAGCUGCAUUCGAAAUAGACUACUGCAAUCCUCAAUCAAGCAAUCAACAUUCGAAGUCAACUAAAGAUAAUAACAAUGACGGUACUACUGUUCCAGACGAAGAUUUUUUUUCGCUCAUUAUGAAAAUACAAAGUGGAAGGAUGGAUGACCAGCGAGCAAGUAUAAAUAUAAAACGAGUAAUAUAGAACUCUACUUUAAUAAUUGUAAUUGUAAUAAUAUAAUUGUAUAUGGAUUAUUAGAUUACUUUUAAUACUAGAAUAUUUCCAAUUUUUUAAUAUCAUUUCUUGUGGGUUACAUACAUAUAAUAGUCUGGCUAUCGAUUGGUACUUUGACUAUGAAUUGUUGUACCUUUGAACCGACAACAAUUUCUAAUAUAAAAUGAGUAGAAGUUUUUAUUAGUGACAUAAUAGUGAACAUUGCUAUAAUAUAGCAUUUAAAUUCAAACAAAUUAAAAAUGUGAUUUUAUUAAUAGGUAACUAUCAUAAAGUCAACAAAAGCCCAUUCCGUGUACAAAUCACUCAGUUAUUCUGAUAUGUUAAGAAAAUAUUUCUAAAAUUAUAUUAUAUUAUGAUUUAUGCUAUAUAUU